UAAAGAACACGCAGCUAACAGGCAGAACUGGAUUCUCCAGGGGUGAGGCAGGACUCCAACUGUGCAGGUGGAAAAGCAACAAAAGGAACAAGACAAAGAAAAGACCAAAAGAGACGGGGAUACAAAGGAAGAAACAAGGAGACCAUGUAGGAGACUACGGCAAUAAUCCAGUAUCCUCGACUGGGUCAUCAUUCAAGAACAUCUUGAACAUCUCUAGUGAUGGCAAGGUUUUUAUCUCAUGAAACAGUUCAUUCCAUCUUCAGACAGCUCUACUUGUGUGAAAAGUCUUUAUACUAAACUGAACCUCAUUCCAUGUAAUUUCCAUCCACACUGCCCUUUGGAGGUACGCCAGGAGGACAGGGAAGAUGAAAGACCGACUUCAAGAACUAAAGCAAAGAACAAAGGAAAUUGAGCUCUCUAGAGACAAGGAUGUGUCGACUACAGAAGCAGAGGAACAAGGGGUGUUUCUGCAGCAAGCUGUUAUUUAUGAAAGAGAGCCUGUAGCUGAGAGACACCUACAUGAGAUACAAAAACUACAGGAGAGUAUUAACAACUUGACAGAUGAUGUUCAAAACUUUGGGCAGCAACAGAAAAGUCUGCUGGCUUCUAUGAGAAGGCUUAGUCUACUUAAGAGAGAGUCUAGCAUUACUAAAGAGAUAAAAGUCCAAGCAGAACACAUUAAUAGAGGUUUGGAUGAUUUAGUGAAAGAAGUUAAAAAGUCAGAGGAUGAAAACGGUCCAUCAUCAGUGGUCACAAGGAUACUUAAAUCUCAGCAUGCUGCGUUGUUCCGCCAUUUUCAGCAAACUAUGUUUAUAUACAAUGACACAAUAGCAGCAAAGCAAGAGAAGUGCAGGACAUUUAUUUUCCAUCAGCUUGAAGUUGCUGGAAAAGAAGUGCCGGAAGAAGAGGUAAAUGAUAUGCUUCAUCAAGGAAAAUGGGAAGUUUUUAAUGAAAGCUUACUUCGAGAAAUCAGUAUCACUAAAGCACAACUCUCAGAGAUGGAACAGAGACACAAAGAACUUGUUAAUUUGGAGAACCAAAUAAAGGAUUUAAGGGACCUUUUCAUUCAGAUAUCUCUUUUAGUAGAGGAACAGGGAGAAAGCAUCAACAAUAUUGAAAUGAUAGUGAAUGGCACAAAAGAGUAUGUUACCACUACUAAAGAAAAAUUUGGACUAGCUGUAAAAUACAAAAAAAGAAAUCCUUGCAGGGUGUUGUGUUGCUGGUGUUGUCCAUGCUGUGGCUCAAAAUAAAGAAGCUAUUUUAGAAAUUUCUCCAGCUUUAGAAUGAAGGAUGUCCCGUAAUUUAGU